AUGGACGCACUGCUGGCCCUUACGUCACUACAUAUGGCCAGCGAACUCGAGAUAGACAAUCCAGAAAGAGCAGAGCUUUUGAGCGAUGCACUACAUUAUCAGAGCAGGACAUUCCCUGCAUUUCGUGCAGAACUUGAAAACAUCUCACCCAUCAAUUGUGAUGCGCUUUUUGCGUGCUCUGUGCUGAUGAUGGCUUGUACUGUCGUUUCCCCAUCGCUGGAGAUCAAGGCCAGUGAAAAACCAGAAAUCAAAGGGAAGGUGCCCACUGACUUGAAAUCACUAUUUCACCUCGUGAAAGGAAUUCACUCUAUCAUUGAUCAGGCACGUCCGUCGCUUGAUAACGGAUCGUUCAGGUUUAUCAUCCAACCCUAUUCGGGGGCUGAUCCGACCUUCCUAUCAACCGAAGAGGGUUUACUACCUCCAAGUUUAAGAAAGCUUUGCGGUGCUAUGGAUGCGCCACCACACCAUACAUAUCGCCACGCUGUUGAUACACUCGAACACUGUGCGAUAGCAGAAGGGAUGGUAAUUCCUUGGAUAGUUAUGGCUGGUACCGACUUUGUCGAACAAGUUGAAAAUCAAGAGCCUCUGGCUUUGUUAAUAUACAUUUCCUGGGGGGCUCUAUUGGGACGCCUCGAGGAAAUGUGGUGGGCUAAAGUGGCGGGCAAGACCAUCGUACAAAGCCUUGCUGAAGACAUUGGGACUGAAAAUGAGGAAUGGGGCAAAGUUGUGAGAUGGGCAAAAAGCACGGCACGGAUAGACACUAUAUGA